UAUAUGAAGCAAUCCAAUUCUGCCCCACUCACGUGCACCUUAUAUACCUCUUUCCUUUUACAUUACCCUUUCAACAAUUCCUACACUUCUCUUCCCAUUCAUCCCUUCUCUCCCUAUCUUCCUUCAACACAAUUCCUAACCAAAAACCAAACAAAAUGAGUCUUGAUGCUCUUUCUUCCAAUGACUUCUUCAACUUCAUCAUCUACGACACCAUCUCCGCAAUCCCCAACACCUCCCCCGUCCUCCACGACUCGUCGGAGAACACAUUUUUCUCCGACGACACGUGUUCGAGACAUCAAGAUCACCAACAUGGGCUUGAAGGAAGCUUGAAACCCGAUAGAAAACGCCGUCCGAGUGAGUUGGAAAGCCUCCGGACGGCGUCGACACGACAAGGGAAGAAGAAGAGGAAGAGAAAACCAAGGGUUUGUAAGAACAAAGAGGAAGCUGAAACACAAAGAAUGACACACAUUGCUGUUGAAAGGAACCGCCGCAAACAGAUGAAUGAGCAUCUUUCAGUGUUACGUUCACUCAUGCCCGAAUCCUAUGUUCAAAGGGGUGACCAAGCAUCCAUAGUAGGAGGAGCGGUUGAGUUUGUGAAGGAAUUGGAGCAUCUUCUAUCAACUUUGGAAGCCAAGAAGCUGCAAGUUUUACAGAAAGAAGUUGAUCAUCAAGAACAAGAGAUUAAUGAUAAUAAGUUGUUUUCAUUUGGAAGUUUGUUGAUGAAUAAUUCAGAUCAUAAUUAUUGUUCCCAAUACUCUACCAAAUACACUUCCAAAUCCAAGGCUUCUUCAGCUGAUAUUGAAGUUACUAUGAUUGAAACUCAUGCAAACCUUAGAAUCCUAUCAACAAGAAGCCAUAGACAGCUCUUGAAGCUCAUUGCUGGUUUGCAGGCUCUUCGUCUCACCAUUCUUCAUCUAAGUCUUACUGAUUUUCAUCCAUUGGUUCUUUACUCCAUCAGCCUCAAGGUUGAAGAAGGAUGCCAACUAAGAUCAGUAGAUGACAUAGCAGCAGCAGCACAUCAUAUGGUGAGAAUAAUUGAGGAAGAAACUAUGUUAUGUUAAAAUGUAAACAAUUCAAAAGCCAAAACAAAGAAAAAGAAGAGGUAAGAGCAUUGAAAUGGAAUCAGCCAUUAAAAUGCCAAGUUCACUGUGUGUGUGCAUGUGGCUUGGUUUGAUGUAAUUAGUAAAUGAAUGUGUUUUUAUGUAAGAUGAUAUUGUUUUGUAGCUUUCAAGGGUUUGUCUUAUUUGCUUUAGUUUCUCUUU